UGCGACAACUGACUGAAGUAGUCAUCUCUUGUCUUCACUGCUCCUCAGGAAAUGGAUAGCUCUUCAGAUGCUCAUAGGAGGAACAGGUGCGCGGCGUGCUUCAGGGAGUUCAAGAAGAAGGAGCACCUGGUGGAGCACAUGAGGACGUCGCUGCACUCGCCGCACGACCCUCGCUGCGCCGUCUGCGGCAAGCACUGCCGCUCCCUCGACGCCCUCCGCGACCACCUCACCGGCGCCCUCCCCAAGCCGGAGUGCGCCGCCGCCUUUGUCUCCCGCGGCUGCGAGCUCUGCCUCGACGUCCUCCCCACCGACACCGCGCGCCGCUCCCACACCUGCCCCAGGUCCCCGCCGGCCGGCGGCGUCCUGGCCCUCGGCUGCAAGAUGGUCGGCGCCGGCAGCGACGGGUCCCUGGACGUGUGCGCCCGCGUGUGCGUGGUGGACGAGCAGGAGCGCGUGGUGUUCGAGAGCUUCGUGAAGCCGCAGAUCCCGGUGACCCACUACCGGUACGAGACGACGGGCAUCCGGCCGGAGCACCUGCGCGACGCCAUGACGCCGAAGCAGGCGGCGCGGCGGGUGCAGGAGCUGCUGCUGAACGGCGAGCCGGCGUGGAAGGCGCGGAGCAGCCGCGGGAGGGCGAGGAUCCUGGUCGGGCACGGGCUGGACCACGACCUGGAGGCGCUGGGCAUGGACUACCCGGCGUACCUGAAGCGGGACACGGCGAGGUACCCGCCGCUGAUGAAGACGAGCAACAGCCGGCUGAGCAACUCGCUCAAGUACCUCACCCUCACCUACCUCGGCUACAGCAUCCAGGCCGGCGGACGCCACCAGCACCCCUACGACGACUGCGUCGCCGCGCUGCGCCUGUACCGGCGGAUGCGCGCGCGGCCGCACAGCAGGGACGCCGGCGCCGGCGCCGGCGUGGGGCCGCACGCCCCGCCGCCGACGGCGGUCGAGGCGUUCCCGGCGUGGAGGCAGCGGGAGCUGGAGCGCAUGUCGCCGGAGGAGCUCCUGCAGCUGUCGACGACGGACUACUACUGCUGGUGCCUCGACGCCACGCCCACGACUACCUAACUAAUGUAUUGCAUGAAUAAUCUUCAUGCAUGCAUGUAAAACUAAACCUCAUUUGACAGGGACCUACCCGCAAUUUACAAUAAAAUGAAAUAAAACAACAGUUUUGUCAGGUAUUU